GCUGGACUUGCAAUCAUGGAGGAACAUCAGCAGCAUUUACACUGUGUCAAUUGUGUCAGUCGGCGUUGCAUGACCAGACCAGAGACUGGAAUUUCCUGUGACUUGAUUGGCUGCCCACUGGUUUGUGGAGCAGUCUUUCAUUCAUGCAAAGCUGAGGAGCAUCGCAUUUUGUGUCCAUUUGAAAGAGUGCCUUGUUUGAAUAGUGGCUUUGGAUGUCCCUUUAAUGUAGCCCGAAACAAAAUCGCUGAACAUCUAGAAACUUGUCCUGCAAGUGUGGUUUGCUGCACUAUGGAAUGGAAUAGAUGGCCAGUCAGUUAUGCAGACCGUAAAUCUUAUGAAAAUCUAAGUAAAGAUGUUGAUGAAGUAGAGCAGUUAGACAUGGCUUUAGCCCUUCAAGACCAGCGCAUGCUAUUAGAAUCCCUCAAAGUAGCAACUAUGAUGUCAAAAGCAGCUGAUCAGAUAUCCGAACCUAGAGAGCAGACUUCUGUUAAGUCAAGUGCUCCUGACACAAUGCUUUCAAAUGGGUUGAUACCUGCAGAUGGAGAUUCCUACAGUGCACUUUAUCAAGCUACUGUAGAAACUACUAAGAGUUUAGCUGCUGCAUUAGAUAUACUGAACACUGCUACAAGAGACAUAAGCAUGUUAAGUUCAAGACUAUGUAUUUUGCCAUAUGAGAUGAAUGAAGAUUUUCAGAUCAAAGAACAAACUACUAAUGGAUGUAUUCAAAGUAAAUUGCCAGACCAUGAAUAUCCAGAUGAAGAUAACAUGGGAGCAGUUGGUGGAAUUGACUUUGAUGUCUUGAGCCAAAAUUCACAAUCGGAACAAAAUGGUUCAAGUGAUUUUUGUUAUGAUAUAGUGCAAAAACGUGACUUGAAUGUGAAUCUUGGUAAUGCUUCUGCUCUGUGUAAUGGUUUUCAUGCAGAAAAUAUAGGUACAGAGGCAUUGGACCAGAAUGAAGAUCUAGAUGUGUGUGAUUCAAAACCAUCUAAUGUAGCAAAUGGUGAAUGUAUUGCAUCUCCUGAUGAUGGAGCAUUGAAGUCUUGCAGCUCCUUUCCUGUAGCAGCACAACAACUUAGAGAAGUAAUAACACCCCACAGUUUAUUUAAUGGCGCUGUUAACCAUAUACAACUGCCACAUGUCUCCAGUGGAGAGGAAGUGUUAGAGAGGCAAUUGGAACAAGAAAGAUUGAGAAAUGUAGAUGUGUUUUCUCUAAUUCAUCAUCGAUCAUACAAUUUUCUUGUUAACCACUGUUGGUCUACACCAAAGGAAGACAAAGCUGUUGAUACAUCAGAUUUGGAGAUAACAGAAGACCCUAUGGGUCUUCAGGGGAUAGAUCUAAUCACAGCAGCUUUGCUGUUCUGUCUAGGAGACUCUCCGGGUGGUAGGGGGAUAUCAGAUAGUCGCAUUGUUGAUGGAUAUCGCAUUGAUUUUGGGACUCAAACAUUUUCCCUCCCAUCUGCGAUAUUGGCCACAAAUACAAUGGUAGGGGAAAUAGCUUCAGCUUCAGCAUGUGAUCAUGCCAACCCACAGCUCUCAAAUCCAAGUCCUUUUCAGACACUUGGUCUGGACUUGGUAUUGGAAUGUGUGGCUAGAUACCAAACAAAACAGCGUUCAAUGUUUACAUUUGUUUGUGGACAAUUGUUUAGGCGAAAUGAAUUUUCUUCACAUUUUAAGAAUGUGCAUGGUGACAUUCAUGCUGGCCUCAAUGGCUGGAUGGAGCAGAGGUGUCCCUUGGCAUACUAUGGGUGUACAUACUCUCAACGUAGGUUUUGUCCUUCAACACAAGGAGCAAAGAUUAUUCAUGAUCGCCAUCUGCGGUCAUUUGGAGUUCAGCCUUGUAUAUCUACAGUAUUAGUAGAACCAGCUAAAAGCUGCCUCAUUGGUCCAUGUAGUGAUCAUCUGAGUAGUCUUCCUUUUGAGGUUCUACAACAUAUUGCUGGUUUUCUAGAUGGUUUUAGUUUGUGUCAGCUUUCAAGAGUGUCACGAUUAAUGAGAGAUGUAUGUGGAAGCUUGCUUCAAGCACGUGGAAUGGUCAUUCUGCUUUGGGAAAAGAGAAAGUACCCAGAUGGAAGUUCUUCAUGGCAAAUAAAAGAAAAGGUGUGGCGGUUCAGUACAGCUUUUUGUACUGUAAAUGAGUGGAAGUUUGCUGACAUCGUAAGCAUGGCUGACCACUUGAAGAAAUGUAAUUAUAAUGCUGUAGAGAGAAGGGAGGAGGCUGUCCCGCUGCCAUGUAUGUGUGUAACACGAGAACUCACUAAAGAAGGACGUUCACUCCGCUCUGUCUUGAAACCCGUACUUUAAAUGCGAUGUCACUCCACUUGCACAUACACUCAAGCACCUGAUAUAACCUCUGUGUAAUAUUAUGUGACACUUUAUUAAUGUACUAAAGAUAAUUUCUAGUUAAAUCUACUCUGUCACUAUGUAUAUAAUGUUUUGAAGUGACAUUUAUUUUUUAUAAUACUGUUUAGUUGAAAGUAUUGAAAGUUGCCUUAAUGUUUGAAAAAUUUGGAACUUGCUGGACAGGGUAGUUUUAUCUAACUUAUAUAAUUUUAAAAAAAAAUCUCUAAUGUAUGUUUUUUUUUCUGAUUCACUGGUGCCCAUUUUUUUGCUUAAUUAAUAAAAUUUCAGAAAUGAACUUCUAAAGGUAUGCACAUUCAAAUAGGAUACUUUGAGUUGUAGUGAGACAGGAUCCUGACCAAACACAUUUUGUGUGUUUGGUCUUGUUACAAAUGACUAAACAUUCAAAAGCUGAACACUAUUCAAAACUUUGAAGUAGAUGUCUCAGACAAACCCUUGACUUUUUAAGUACACGUGUGCGAAUAUCUUAGUUUAAUCAGUGUUCUAGUGCGCAUCCUAGUUAAUAUACAUGUGACCUAGGAUAUGCAUUUUUAAAAAUAUGUAGCAAUGAGCUAAGUGAACUCUGAUUUAUGGCAGAUUAAUUUUAGCACAACUUUCUUUUGAAGAGUCAGCAAUGGUUAUUUUUCUUGCGAACUAACAGUUAUUUCACUUUUGGGAGCAAACCUCUUGAAGUUAAAACCUUGAAAUAUUUAUUAGCUGUUAGGUUGGCAUUUGAGUUUAUAAUCUUUUUUUUUUUUAAUCCCAUUCGCCAAUCCUAUAGUUGAUUAAAGGAGAAAAUGCUUGAACAAAAUCUUCUUAUUUCUUGUCAUAAAUUGGAAUAUGGGAUGCACAACUGUGGAUUUUAAAAUGCAGCUAACGAAAGGGCUUAAAUUGUUUUAUGGUAUUGUAACAUGUAUUGUCUUUCGUUUCUGUUAAUUUGUCUAUAAAAAUGCUACACUGGUUGAGGGCAUUUUAAUUGCCUAAGUGCAUCAAAAUGUAUCAUCUUCAUAAGAUGAGACAGUUUCCAUGAGUUGCAUGAGGCAUAUCCAAAAUGUUCUGUUCAGCCACAUCUUUGAUGAAAUGAACAACUCUAAAUUGUUUCCACAGUCUCCUGUAAUGUAGAAACUUGCAUAACAUUUUGUGAAUAGGAAGUAUGUACUAUGAGAAAUGCCCUGGUAAUAGCAAAAGUACACUAGCUUAAUUCAAAAUGACUUUCAGACUUUUGUGUUGGUGACCAUGGACUAUUGCACUUGGUAACUGUGCCACACACUAAAACAGAAACAGACCAGAGUUUGGAAUGAUGAAAUACAGUAUGUAUUUCAAUUUUAGGUAAAACAAGGUACUCUUAAGGAGAGAAUGCUACAGAAAUGGUUACAUUUAAAGCUUGUAACUUCUAUGAGAGAUACUUGUUUAUGGCUAACCUGGCUACAGUUCACAAUUACAGCAUCUGUGUAUUGUCCAUUCUGGGUCCAAUCCAGCUAAACAGUCAUUGCCUUUUUCUGUUCAGAAUGCUGAAGGUGCUCCAGAAAGAAACAAAACCCAGUUCUUCAGUGCCAUAUGACAAAACUGUUGAAGAACUCAAGCAAAACAAGCUCUCUGCAUCCCAUUCUCUAGAAUGUCUGAAUCUCUGGAUCAUGUGUCUUUUUGGCACUUCUUCCUCCCACCUUGGAUGGGAGCAAAUGGGGGAAGAACCCUC